GAAUGAGUGCGGGUAGGAGUGCGCUUGUGUUUGGAGAUAUUCUGACUGACAGCCACAGCGCUGAAGCUGUUCUCGGAGCUGUCAGGUGGUUUUUACGCUUCUUUAACGAUUCUAAGCGCGAUAUCAAACGGGAUUUUAUAACAACUGUGCCAAAUGAACACUAUAAUAGAGAAGAAGCACACCGCGCUCAGGUGUUCAGAGAGAUAAGGACUGUUACCUCAUUAUACCUGCAGGACCUGGGACAUAAACACACGAACGUACAGAAGAACUCAGGCAUUUACUGGAUUCACUCUUUGAGUUAAGCUCAAAGUUGCUUUUGGACAGUUUGGAGAAAGCAGUGGCCUCUGCAAUUGUGUCUUUCUGACUUCAACGGAUGCACCAUGCUGUUGGGCAGUCCUUGGUCAGUCCAGGUUCUCCUGGCUCUGUCUGUCCUGACGUUGGGUUUGGACAGCGAACCUCAGAGCGCCCCCCGUGUCUUCUUGUCCUUCAAAGAUAUGAGGUCUACAGGUACAGCCCAUUACUUCUCUUUCCUGUUGAACACAUCAGACUAUCGCAUCUUGCGCAUGGAUGAGGAUCACGACCGCAUGUAUGUUGGGAGCAAAGACUACAUCCUUUCUCUGGACCUUCACGACAUAAACCGAGAGCCACUCAUAAUACACUGGCCUGUUUCCCCGCAGAGGAAGACGGAGUGUAUUUUAAGUGGCAAAGACACAAACGGCGAGUGCGGUAAUUUCAUCCGUCUGAUCGAGCCAUGGAACAGGACGCACUUGUACGUGUGUGGGACGGGCGCCUACAACCCAAUAUGCACUUAUGUCAACAGAGGACGCAAGCCAAUGACGGCCAUGCAUCUCCAGAUGCCCCAGACCAGAGGAAGAACUAGUCGUGCAGCUGAACCUGAAAUCGUGUUUGAUGAGACAGGACUUCAGGAAUACGUGUUUCAUUUGGAGCCUGGCAGAGAGGAUUCUGGGAAGGGAAAGUGCCCAUAUGAUCCAAAACUGAACAGCGUCUCUGCUUUGAUUAAUGGAGAACUGUAUGCAGGGGUGUAUAUUGACUUCAUGGGAACAGACUCUGCUAUUUUUCGAACUUUGGGGAAAAAUGCAGUCAUGCGUACCGACCAAUACAACUCAAGAUGGCUGAAUGACCCCUCAUUUGUCCAUGUGCACCUUAUCCCUGACAGCAAUGAGAAAAACGAUGACAAACUCUACUUUUUCUUCCGUGAGAAGUCUUCCGAGAUGGGCCAGAGCCCCAAGUCACAGUCACGCAUCGGCCGAAUCUGCCUGAACGAUGAUGGCGGUCACUGCUGCUUGGUCAACAAGUGGAGCACCUUCCUGAAAGCCCGUCUCAUCUGCUCAGUCCCAGGAGCAGAUGGGAUUGAAACGCAUUUCGACGAUCUCAGGGAUGUGUACAUACAGCCCACGCAGGACACUAAAAAUCCAGUCAUCUAUGGGGUCUUCUCUGUGUCAGGCUCUGUAUUCAAAGGCUCUGCGGUCUGCGUCUACUCCAUGGCGGACAUUCGGAUGGUGUUCAAUGGACCUUUUGCCCACAAAGAAGGUCCCAAUUAUCAGUGGGUGGCCUACACUGGAAAAAUCCCCUACCCUCGUCCAGGAACAUGUCCUGGUGGGACUUUCACCCCCAACAUGAAGUCCACUAAAGACUACCCUGACGAGGUCAUCAACUUCAUGCGGAACCAUCCCACUAUGUACAACACUGUGUAUCCGGUGCACAAGCGCCCCCUGGUGGUCAGGACCAACGUGGACUAUGAGUUCACCACCAUCACUGUGGACCAGGUGACUGCUGCCGACGGCAACUACGAGGUGCUCUUCCUGGGUACAGACAGAGGUACAGUGCAGAAGGUGAUCGUUCUGCCAAGAGAUGACCUGCAGACAGAGGAACUCGUGCUGGAGGAAGUGGAGGUCUUUAAGGUCCCUACUCCCAUCACAACUAUGAAGAUUUCUUCAAAACGG